AUGGCUGCCGUGCAUGACCUGGAACUUGUCCCAAACCGGAACACCUGGAACCGGACCGCCCCGGAAACCGAACCGGACCAACCGGAACCGGACCGCCCCGAACCGGACCCCCGGCAGCCCGGGACAGCGAUGCCCGCGGUGGUGAAGGCCGCCCUGGAGGGCCUCAUCGGGGACGGCGUGGAGCCCGAGCAGAUCACCCCCGAAUGGGACCGUCCCGACCGGGAGAGGGACCGGGGGGGCCCGGCCUGCCUGAGCAAGGUGCCCCGGGACGUGGUGAAGAACUUCCCCCACACCAAGCGCGUGGGGAACUACCUGGUGGGCAAGAUGAUCAACAAGGGCUCCUUCGCCAAGGUGAUGGAGGGGCUGCACAUCAGCACGGGGGAGAAGGUGGCCAUAAAGGUGAUCGACAAGAAGAAGGCCAAGCAGGACUCGUACGUGCAGAAGAACAUGAAGCGUGAGCCGCGCAUCCACCAGAUGAUCCGGCACCCCAACGUCGUGCAGCUGCUGGAGACGCUGGAGACGGAGAACUCGUACUACAUGGCCAUGGAGCUGUGCCUGGGCGGGGACCUGAUGGAGCGGAUCUGCGACCGCAAGCGCCUGGAGGAGAGGGAGGUGAGGCGGUACACGCGCCAGAUCCUGUCCGCCGUGGAGCACCUGCACCGGCACGGCAUCGUGCACAGGGAUCUAAAAAUCGAAAAUUUUCUCCUCGAUGAAAAUAACAACAUCAAGAUUGUCGACUUCGGCCUGAGCAACACACUGAAGGCGGAGGCGCUGGCUCAGGACCUGCUGAACACGCAGUGUGGAAGCCCCGCCUACGCGGCCCCCGAGCUCCUGGCACACAGGAAGUACGGCCCCAAGGUGGACGUGUGGUCCGUGGGGGUUAGCAUGUUCGCCAUGCUAACGGGAACCCUGCCGUUCACCGUGGAGCCCUUCAACAUCAAACAGCUGCAUCAGAAAAUGGUCAACGGUGAAAUCAGCAACAUCCCGGCCGACAUCAGCAAAGGGGCCUCGCAGUUCAUGCUCUCCCUGCUGGAGGCAGACCCGGCCAAGAGGCCCAGCGUGAAGGCGGCCAUGGAGGAGAAGUGGCUGAACGAGGGAUACGUGAAGAGGCCGCUCAACGCGGUGUCCUACAGGAACAGACUUCAGCCCGACGAACUGAACUCGACCGUGCUGAACUACAUGAGCGAGUCCCUGGGCUACGGGCCCUCUGAAGUCGUUCACACCCUGGUCAACAACCGGCCUUCCUCCAUCAUGGCCGCCUACUUCCUCCUGGAGAAGAAGCUCUCCCGGAACCAGAAAGCGGUGAAGUCCGUCAAGGAGAGGAACGUGAAGAAGGCUGGGUCUCAAGAUGGCCGAAAGAAAGCGGACGAAACGGCGAAGGAGAACCUGAGGGCCGCUGAAACCGCCGAGGAGACACCGCUGUCCUCGCCCCCUCUCUCCGCCGACGCCAUCGCGGAGGACCAGAUUGCCAUCACCCUGGAGAACAAGGACGGAUUCCUUCCGGAAGUGUCCGCCUUCGCGGAAAGAGAACUCGUCCACCUCUCUCCUCCCGAGACCUCCGGCAGAGAGGCGCCGUGCUCCAAGCUGUGCGAGUCGGCCCCCUGCGACUCCCCGGCGGCCGCGGCGGACCCCGGGCUGAGGCCCGCGCUGUCCGAGAACGGCCCGGCCAACGCCGCCGGCAACCGUCGGCACGCCGACGACAAGCUGGACAAGCUGCAGGCCUUCUACUCCGACAAGGGCGCCUCCCCCCGGACGCACCAGGAGAACAGGGGCCCCGCGGGCCACCCGGAGACCCGCUUUAAGGACAUCCUGCAGGCCGUGGACGAGAAGGCCCCGCCGGCCGCGACCUGGAGGAGCCAGGACCGGGACGGCCGCCAUUUCGCGGCGCUGGAGGCGGCCCCGCUGCCCCGGCUGAGGCACGCGGGGCCCAAGGACGGCCUCUCCCGGGGGGUGACGUGGAUGGGGGUCACCCGGCACAGCACGGGCGGGACCCCCUUCCUGGUGCACGGGUCCAGGCCGCCGGCGUUCCCCAGCGCCCGGCAGCACACGCUGGUCAUCAAGAGCCUGCGGCAUUCCAAAGAGCGGGGCCGGAACGCCGCCACCGGGAACGCCGCCGCCGGGAACGCCGCCGCCAAGCGGAAUUCCGUCCAGCUCCGGAACUCCCGCCGGGCGGCCGACCUGAACCUGCCGCUCCUGACCCCGGCGUUCCAGGCCAAGGCCAACGGGAAGUCCGAGCUCUUCCGCAUGGACUUCGGGUAG